CUGUCAGCUGACUGAGGAGCAGAUUGCCUCGCGGGACAACGGUCGGCGACGCAGGCUGUGGUGGGGGCGGAAGGGCUCUCCCGGCGGGUCUCUGUGCGGUCGGCGAGGCACAGGGCCGCCGCCGCAGCACCAUGGCGACCACCGUCAGCACGCAGCGCGGGCCGGUGUACAUUGGUGAACUCCCCCAAGACUUCCUCCGUAUAACGCCCACACAGCAGCAGCAGCAGAUCCAACUGGAUGCCCAGGCAGCCCAACAGCUGCAGUAUGGAGGAGCAGUUGGCACUGUGGGCCGCCUCAGCAUUACUGUAGUACAGGCAAAAUUGGCAAAGAAUUACGGCAUGACUCGCAUGGACCCAUAUUGCCGCCUGCGUCUGGGCUAUGCUGUUUAUGAAACUCCCACAGCACACAACGGUGCCAAGAACCCUCGCUGGAACAAGGUCAUCCAGUGCACGGUGCCCCCAGGUGUGGACUCGUUCUACCUUGAGAUCUUCGAUGAGAGAGCCUUCUCCAUGGACGAUCGCAUAGCUUGGACCCACAUCACCAUCCCUGAGUCCCUGAAGCAAGGCCAAGUGGAGGAUGAGUGGUAUAGCCUGAGUGGGAGGCAGGGCGAUGACAAGGAGGGCAUGAUCAACCUGGUCAUGUCCUACACGUCUCUCCCAGCUGCCAUGAUGAUGCCACCUCAGCCUGUGGUCCUGAUGCCAACUGUGUACCAGCAGGGUGUCGGCUAUGUGCCCAUUGCAGGGAUGCCUGCCGUCUGCAGCCCUGGCAUGAUGCCUGUGGCCAUGCCCCCACCAGCUGUGGCUCCUCAGCCCCGCUGUAAUGAGGAGGACCUCAAGGCUAUCCAGGACAUGUUUCCCAACAUGGACAGAGAAGUAAUCCGCUCCGUGCUUGAAGCCCAGAGAGGGAACAAGGAUGCUGCCAUCAAUUCCUUGCUGCAAAUGGGUGAAGAGUCCUAGACCCACCGUGGCCCUUGGCUUCACACCACUGACCCUUGGACUUGCCCACCCAAGGCUCCCCAGGGUCACCAUCCCCAAAAGAUUCCAAUGAAAGAUCAUCCACGUACCCCUUCCUUGGACAUCUGUGCCGCUCCUUCCCACCUACUUUGGGGAUGCAUGUGGAUUUUUGGUUCUAGGCAGGCAGUCCUCUUCAUUGUUGGUGGGGGACAGCUUCCUCCUUGUCUCUAGUUGGGUGAUGGUGGCAUGGCCCUGUUACUGCACAGACCAGUGGUCUUGCAUCUCCCUUCCUCACCCUAUUCUGGAAAGCAUUCUUACAGAAAGCAGCUGCCCCUGCCAA